AUGACAGCCGCUCGAAGACCCGCUAUGACUUCUUCCACAACGUCCACUCCUACCCCUCCUCGGCAUUCCUUCGAGCAAGCUAUCGAGGAUGUAAAACUCUCAAAGACCGAUCUCAAUGCAGUCAUUAUGGAGUACCUUAUAAGCGAAGGCUACCCUGAAGCUGCUCAGAGGUUUGCCCUUGAAGCGAACAUAGAGCCGGAGCUGGACGUGGACUCGAUACAGGAGCGUGUGGAGAUUCGCGAAGCUAUCGCAUCAGGAGAUAUCCAGAGUGCGAUCGAGAAGAUCAAUGAGUUGAAUCCUCAAGUCCUUGAUCAAGACUCGGCACUACACUUCUCGUUGCUGCGCCUACAGCUGAUCGAACUCAUUCGAAAAGCCACGGCGACCCCAGAUGGCGACAUCACUCCUGCCCUGACCUUCGCUACUACACAUCUUGCGCCACGUGCCCCUACGAAUCAGGAAUUCUUAGAGGACCUUGAGCGCACAAUGGCCUUACUUAUUUUCCCGCCAGAUAAUCUCGCACCUCCUCUGGCAGCGUUGCUCGAUCCAGCUCUACGUCAAGAGGUGGCCCAGCGGGUCAAUCAAGCCCUACUGCUGAGCCAGGGUGAACGUACCAAAGCAACACUCUAUGACCUUGUCAAUUAUCGGUCUUGGGCAAACCAGAAGGCUAUACAAGCAAAGAAAGAGCAUCUUCCGGAACGUAUUGAGCUUGGCUUUGAUCCUGCACAUAACGGCCACGAGAGUUCCCAAAAUGGUAGCUCUCUCCGCCAAGCUGCUGAUCCCAUGGUGACCGGGUGGGGCCCUUACUAA